UCAAACCGUAACUGUAUUUUAGUGUUAUCAAACAAAAACAAUAUGUAUUAUUUUCAUAAGCAUACUUUUAUUUAAUUGUACAUUACGAUAAAUAAUAUGUCAUUUACAGACGGACCUGAAUGUUGGGAGGUGGAAAGCUCCUUAUGUGAAGCUAAAGAAGUCUAUGUUCUGAUGCAAAAUAAUUAUCGCAUAUCUAGAAAUAUUCGUGCUCAGUGGUUUUUCAAAAAUCUAAAUAAGAACCUGACAUUGAAAUGGAAAACAUCACAAGAAAAACUUACAUAUGAAAUUGAAGUAAUAUCUGCAAUUCCAAAAUAUGCUGAAAAAUUUGAAGUAGAUGAUGUAACAAAUAGCUCUACAGUUAGAAUUGUUGCAGAUACUAAAGUGAAUUUUUUAUCAACCCAGUAUCGACUGGCAUUUUGCUUAGACCUGAGUCCAUCUGUGGCAACAAUAGAUAUACAGCAUAAUAAUAUAUAUUUUGAAGACAUUUAUUCAUCUUUGGAGCAAAGUUUGACGAGUGUUAGUGAACCGUUUUACAUACCAGGCAGCAAUUAUUAUUUUAGACCUCAGAUUUACAUUACUGUCAUUGCUCACAUUCCAAACUGCCCUAUUGUUGCUCCUCAGGUGCUAAUACAAGGUUGGAUUCUUACUCCUGACAACAGAAAUGAAUUACUGGAGCUAAUUCAGAAUAAACUGAAAAAUAUGUGUAAGAUAGUAGAAAAAGUCUCUUCAACAGUUCAAGAAGAACAAAUUCAAUUUAUGAUGCCCCAUGAUGCAGCUGGUGCAAUUCUAGAUGGUACUAUUGACGGGAAUAAAAUGAUAAAAAAAGUUCUUGAUUUGUCUGCAGACAUCAAUACUUUGAAACUAAUUCGAUAUGGUAUACUAGCUUUACAGUUGUUGCCUGAAAACAGCAGUGCAGGAAUUAUUGUCAUAACAGAUGGUAUUGUGAGUUUUCCAAACUGCAGGUCUUUAGAUGCCUUACUUGUACAGCUACGUAACAGUACUAUUGCAUGCUCUUUUUUACAACUGGGAAGUCCUUUUCAUCCAUUUGCAUGUUUUGGGAGAGUGCCUUAUAAAGAAUUGAUGGAAUUCAUAGCUACUGCCACAUGUGGUGCAUAUUUUCCAGCCUCUAGAAAUAUUGUUAUUCAAAAUUCUGAAUCCAGUGAAAUAAAUGCAUAUCACAGAGCUUUAUUGCUUUGGAACUUCCAAAAAACAUCAACAUCAUGCUUUUUAGAAGCGUAUGAACCAUCUCACAAGAAAGAUGAUUAUUGGCAUGUAGAAAAUCAUUAUUUUUAUACUGUAAAAUAUCAGUCCAGAGUCACGAAGAAGCACACUGAAGGAACCCUUAAAGUUAGUUUGGAAAAUCUGUUGUCUUGUCGUCUAAGAGAAGGUUAUACUGUCAAAAGUAUCAUAGUUGAUGAAGCAAAGAACUUGACUGAAGUUAGGCUGGUUCUACCUUGGAUGUUAAGUACUAAUAUAGAAUAUUUAGUGACAUCAGGCCCUGGAAGACAGUGGAAAAGCACUAGUGCUGAUAUUACAAACUGUCAUUUUGAAGUCAUUGUUGAUGGCUGUUAUGAAUUCUUGCAUGAUGUAACUUGUUCAGAGAAGAAACCUAUUAAAAGUAUUUAUCGAAAAACAGUUAUUGCUCAAUUUUGGAGUUACAUAAAGAAUUUAUCCAAUACUGAUCAAAUUUUAACCCAGCUUCAUUCAUUUGCUCACAAUCCUGUUUACUAUACUAUUCCAGACAAUAUAAAGAAUGGUGUUCCUUUAUUUUAUUUUGCUCCAAAUUCGUCACUACCAGUACUUUCUUCAAAGAAUGUUGCAAAUAUGCAGUUUACAGCUUUUUGGAAGCCAUUAAGUAUGCUUGAUAUAAAUGUGUGGCAAAAAUGGAUGCAUGCACAUAGAAUUGGAGUUAUUUUGCAGCAUGAUAUGCCUUUACCAAAUAAUCUUCAUCUUCCUAAUUCAAGUGGUAGGUAUGUUAAUGUGCAAUGCCGUCAAGCAACUGCAGCUUUAAACUCUUUGCUGAGUGAGCACUGUUCUUUUGUUCUUGUCGAGAAUCACUCUUACAUUAAACUUCUGUUUGAUGAGCCAGACAAACCUCCAACAUCAUUUUACGUGAUUCGUGUCACAAGCAAACCACCAUGUGUUGUCAUAAGGCUUGCUUUUUUGGGAGGUUUACCUGGUCUUCUGAGAUACGAGAUUGUGAAUGACCUCCGUGAAAAAAUAUUGAAUUUAAAACUGACUAAGAGGGCUGCCACAAAGGAUUAUUCUCAAUCAACUUCUAAUCAAUCAAAUUCAAAUUCUCCUGAGGCAUGUUGUUGUUUCUUCUUGAAAAAGCCAGUAGAAAAAAUAUUAAUUAGAUAUGAGAAACUUCCAUCAAAUUUCCUGAUCUCUGUUCCUGAUGCUCCUUUUGGUGCUCGAGGAGUGCCUUUAGCUCAGAAAAUUUCAGAUGCAUAUCUUUGUGCUGAUGCUUUAGUCACAUUGAGCAAAUAUUUACAACAACAGAGGUGGAUCUGGACUUUACAGUAUGAGCCAAACACGUCUUUACAAUUGACGUCAGCUUCUAAGAUAUUAUAUACUCUUACAAAUAUUCGACUUCAAGAAGGCUUCCACUUUUCCCAUUCUGCUUUUGGUAUAAUCUAUAUGGUUCAAGAAAUUCCUGUGCAAGUUCCUAAAGCUAGGUCUUCAGAAGCUGAAUCUGAUUUUGAAAUUGAAGAAAAUUGCUGUGUUGUUCAAUACAUCAUGUUUCCCCCUCAUACAAAUACUACUCUAAAAGACAGUAUAUCUGAAGAAGAUGAUACUGAGCUUACUGAAGCUGAUGGAGAGCUUCAAUUGAUAACUGAAUGUUGGGUUGAACCACAGUAUGGGAUUUCAGUCCUUCCUUCAAAACUUAAUUAUUUAAAUGGCUUGACAUUUGAAGAAAUUUCACAAGCUAUUAAACAAAAAGAUUUUGAAACUAUCACUGUUUUGACAACUUUUGAGCAUUUAUGCCAUGUUUGCCAGAAAUCUGCAGAGUUAUCGCAUCAGUCAAUUUCUCUUCAGGACAGAUGUGUUAGCCACAUUUCAGUUGCUAAACCUACAAUUUCAUUAGCAAACUUUGAAAACACAGAAGCAAAUGAAGGAGCUAUUCUUUCAAACACAUUUACCAUCCCUUAUUGCUUCAAUUUACUAAGUGUUUUACCAAAGUCUUCCCAGACAGAAAUAGUUUUCUCAACUCUCCAUGAAGUCACAGGUGAAGCUAAAGAAACUAAACCAAAUGCUGUUUUGUUUGAUUUUCUUAUGGAGAAUCUGAAGUUGGUACAUGAUUUGGAUAUUGAUUUAUCUCUACAGGAUAGUUGGAAUUACUUAUUGCAUAUUCAUCACCGAGAACGUGAUACUUCAAGUGCUUCACCAGUUCCAUUUCCUCAUCCAGAUUUUCAUAUUGGAGACUUUUCAUUGAAGCAGAACUAUUUAGAUAUGAGUAAAUGCAAAGAAUGCAAAAUUUGUCUCAACCAUGUCUCAUUAAAUGUAUCAGAUUCUAGUCAACAGCCAUUACUUGAGCAGCAGUUUAGAGAGAAUCUUAUAUCCAAAUGGAAGUGUUUUGUAAAAGGUUAUAAACCCACACAAGUAGUUUUGACGUUCAUUCCUAGUUCUUAUCAAGAUUUAGAGAAAUUAUUUUUGCAAAAUUCAAAUUUAAAAUUGCCUGUGGACAGUUCAGAAGGCUCAAAGGCAAAUAUUAUCUAUGUAGAUGAAGAUGUAUCUUUGAAUGCUAAUGAAACUGGUAUUUCUAAACCUUCUGAAUCAUUUGAUAUCUCAGGAAGCUCUGUGCAAGAUAAUGUUUUUGAGCCAGUUGAUGUAUCCCAUGAGUUAUCUUAUAACCUUCCUGUUUAUGUGUACAAUUGUGUAUCCUCAUCAAUUAUAAAUCAGUUAGUUCAGCUUGAGCAAUGUGAAAAAAUCAAGGAUGCAUAUGAAAAGCGUAUUUUUCAGUAUGAUCAGUUGUCUGAGGAGAAUCCUGAUUGGCCAUUAGAAAAGCGUUUGUCUCCCAUAAAAUCUCCUAAUAACUCUCCAGAUGGUAGAAAAUGCAAAAAGGACUGUGAUAAUUCCCUUUUGAAGGAGCACUGUGCACUUUUAGACAAAUCAUACUCCAAAUCUUUUGUUUAUGGAGUAUACAGAUCAUUAAUGCUGGGUUUGGAUGUUCAUAAACUUGAUGCAGUAGCAGCUAUUGAUGAAAUAUGUGAAGAAUCUCUGCUUGAAGUUGACAUUACAGAAUUUAUUUUUAUGAUAUGUGGCCAUGUAAAAGAUUUCACAACAAAGCAUUCUGUUCGCCACAUGCAUCUUACCCGAGACAGUGAUGAAGAUAAAGUAUCUAGUGAGGACAAACUAGAAGAUGCUAAUUUUGGAUUAGAGAAAAUUCCUGAAAAAUGUCUUUUUCCAUUAUCUGUGCUGCAGAAACAUCAGCCAUGUGAGGAAUUGCAACAGAAACAUUUAAAUAUAAAAGACAAAUUUUCAGACAUAAUUCAGAGUUAUUUCAAAGUUAUCCCUUCACGGGCUGAUUAUUUCUUUUUUAAUCCUGUGGAUGAGGAAAUGGAGGAACCAUCUUUAAAACUAGAAAAUGAAGAUAGCCAGGAAGAAGAUGGUUUAGAGAGUGUGGUAAAUUUUGGAGAUGAUUGUGUGGAUGGUGAAUUUGACAGAACAGAUAAUAUGUGUGAAGAUGACAUAAGUGCAAAAAGCUGUUUGAAUACAGCUUCUUCAUUGUCCUCGAUUGACAAAGAUACAGAUCAUAUUUCUCUUCAAGAUAAGAAUAUUCAUCCGCCGUUGUUUGUUCAUUUUUCAUGUUCUGUUCGCUCAUCUAAACAACAAAUGAAAAGCUGUCCUUUGAAUGAAAGUUCCCUUCCAACUUGUUUGAAUGAUAUUAUUAACUGUUUGGAUACUGAGAGCAAUGAAGUUAAUCUCGAUGACCUUAGAAUCACUUUAGAUAUCACAUGUUUAAGUGUGCCAAAUGACAUUGAGAGUCCAGAAGUUUCAAGGAAUCGUGUUUAUACCACAUCGUUCAGUAGCAGUUCACCUGUACCUGAAGCUGAAUAUUAUCGUAGGCAGCAUAUAAAUGAUGAAGAAAAUGAAAGCAGUUGCUCAGA